GUUAGGUCAAUCUUGUUAUCGCAAAAUCUCGGUGAAGUUUUUGCAAGCAACUGAAGGUUAAUGGUUUUUUAAUGAAGGAUGAAUGGGUAUGGUCUCGUUGAUUAGUUUUGGUUCAGAGGUUCCAACUGCCACUGGUUUCCAAAACCAUAAACUGACUAAUAGAAACUGCUUACAGUCUUGCAUUUUCCAUUAAAGAGACGAUCAAAACCUUGGUUUUAAUAUCUGAUAAUGGAAAUAAGAUGGGCAAAGUAGGAAUUGCAUACCAACCGCCCAAACGAACCGAAGUUUCAGCGACAAUGUCCAAAGUGUUCAAGCAACAACAUGAGGCUCAUGGGCGCCAAGGGCACAAAAUUAACAACUGGCUUUGUUUUGGUCGGUUUUGGGGAUUUCUGACCCUUCCGAUUCUCCCGCUUGCCUCCACGACCGAUUUUGCAGGUCACCCGGUCGUGUUAUUUAACCUAUAUGUUAAAUUAUACAGGAUGGGAAGGGUAAAGCUAAAAAUAAAAAGGUUGGAGAAUACAAAUGGUCGUCAAGCGACUUAUGCCAAAAGGAAGAAUGGCAUCAUGAAGAAGGCAAACGAGUUAUCCAUUCUAUGUGAUAUAGAUAUUAUUCUUCUUAUGUUCUCACCAACGGGCAAGCCUUCAUUAUGCAGGGGAAUGCGCAGUAGCAUCGAAGAGGUUAUUGCAAAAUUCGCACAGCUAACUCCACAGGAAAGGGCAAAGAGGAAGUUGGAAAGCCUUGAAGCACUCAAGAAAACUUUUAAGAAGUUGGACCAUGAUGUAAAUAUACAAGAAUUUCUCGGUACGAGCACUCAAACAGUUGAGGAUCUGACUAGCCAAGCAAAUGCAUUGGAGACCCAACUUUCUGAAAUACAUAAAAGACUUAGCUAUUGGACUAACCUCGAUAAGAUCAACAGUGUAGAACAUUUGGGGCAAAUGGAAGAUUCACUUAGGGAAUCACUCAACCAAAUUCGGACACAGAAGCAGGAAAAUGUACAAAAGCAGCAACUGAUGUCAUUAGAAUGCAGUAGUCAGUUCCAACAAGGGAUGCAUAUACCCUUCACAAUGGGUGCUGAGCAACAGCUCCAACCUUUCUCAUGGAUUCCUAAUAAUGACGGUCAACAUUUAUUUUUACCUGAGGACCCACACUUACUUGCCCAUAGGGAUGUGGAGUGCUCUACGACUUCCUCCCUUGGAAGUUACCCUGGUUACUUUGGCACUGGAAAAAAUUCGGAGAUUCAUAAUUCUGGGCAAGAAAAUGGCAUGAUGAAUGAGUUAUCAAGAAUUGCCCCUCUGAGGGUACAACUGGGCGGGCAAUAUCCUUACUUGCCAUACAAUCUCAAUCUAAUGAAUGAUAAUACUAAAUUCCAAACAACAGUACAGAUGAACCAACCAGAACACCCUGCAGAUUAUCACGUAAAUGGAAGCUUUGAAACGCCUAGACCAGGGUUUGAGACUGCUCAGCAUAGUUGGGCUUCCACAUCCGGGCCUUGUCCUAUUACCAUGUUUGAUGAGCAUUUAUAUAAUCAGCAACCGAACUGAGAUGCAUGAGCUAUCUGAGCGUUUGUCCACAGCCGGUGUUCUUGAACUUGGAUAUACUCAUCCAUUGAGAUUUCUUUUCUUCUUCUUUUUCCAAUGGUUAGCUUUGGCAUGAAAAUAUAGGAGGCAAGAAAGCAAGUGAUUUAUAUCAUAGGACUGCCCUGGCAUUAGUCACUGGCCAGAAGCAAUGAUGCUGACUCCCUCAACUGAUUCACCUCAAUUGUGAUACUAAAUCUUCUGUACACGAAUCAUAUAGUUAUAGGUCUGAUAAAUUGUUUUGCUUCCUUCUCCAUUUUUUUGGGAGUCAGAGGACACUAAUGGCUACCUAAAUAUGCCAUCCUUUGGUCCCUCUCAGUAACAUGAGCUGUAGAUAACAUAAUGUAUAGCAAUGAUAGUUUCCCAAAAUUACAAAUAUGUUCUAAGUAUUAUUGUUUUGAAUUC